AUGGCGCCCCGUCAGAAGAAGUCAUCACGAGAGCAGGAGGCAAAGGAGGAUACGUUCAUCCACGAUGACGAAGAAGAGGACGCAGACCUAGAGGCAGACGGCCCACCAAGUAUCGAGCCUUACGCCGUGCUAGGUCUGGAUAAGGAGGCGACGGCAGACGAUGUAAAGAAAGCGUAUAGGAAAAUGGCCCUCAAGCACCACCCAGACAAGGCACCCGAGAACGAGAAGGAAGCCGCGAACAAGGCAUUCCAAGAAAUUGCUUUCGCCUACGCCGUUCUAUCUGACGACCGCCGUCGCAAGCGCUAUGAUGUCACCGGCAGCACCGCAGAGACGCUCGAAGACGAUGAAGAGUUUGAUUGGCUCAAGUUCUACCGCGAGCAGUUUGAAGAUGUCGUCAACCAGGAGAACAUUGACAAGAUUGCGAAUUCGUAUAAAGACAGCGCUGAGGAGCGGCGCGAUCUGCUGAAUGUGUACACCAAGUACAACGGUCGGCUCGAUGCUGUUUACGAGAAUGUGAUGCUGUCAGACAUUUUGGAGGACGAUGACCGGUUCAGGCGCGUUCUUGACGAAGAAAUCGCCAAGGGCACGAUCGAGUCAUACGAGGAAUACGAGCGCGAAAACAACGAUGCAGCCCGCCAGAAAGCCAAAGCUGCAGAGAAGAAAAGGAGAGCGGACUUCGACAAGAAGGAGGCUAAGAAGCAGGCUACGGAGGAAGCAGCGGCAAAGGCAAGCGGCAAGCCGAAGCCGAAAAGCAAGAAGAAGGACGCGGGCGGCAUGGGAGACCUUGCUGCACUUAUCGCACAGCGGCAGAAGACGCGACACGGCAACUUCUUCGAUCACCUAGAAGCCAAGUACGCGCCCACAGGACGGAGAGGCAAGAGGGCUUCACCAAUGGACGAACCGCCUGAGGAGAUGUUUGAGGCGAUGGCGGCGAGAAAGAAACAUAAAACUAGCAGCCGCUCGAAGAAGGCCAAGGUUGAUGCGGACGCAGACCUUGCGGAAGAGGAUGUUGGUGAGUCGGAGGACGAAGAAGAGGAGGCACCGCGCAAGUCCAGAAAGGCUGCGAAGCCACGUGCGAAGCGAGGAAAGGCCGCUGCUUGA